AUGCAGGCGGUGCAGGACUUGUCCGGCCGGACGGCUGCGGAGCUGCAGGACACCGAGAGCCAGGAGGAGGCCUUGGCGCAGAAGCUGAGCCGCGCGCAAAGGAAGACGGCAGCGAUGGCCGAGGAGGCCAGGCGUCUGGCCGCCUACCAGCAGUCCCUGGAGGCAGAGCUGGCGCGUGUGCGGGAUGCCACUGAGUCAUGGCGCAGUGCCAGGGGCGCGGCACGCCAGGAGGCCCAGCGAGCAGCCAACCACUGCAGACGAGUCUUGCGUUCGGUGGGGGACGACGCAAAGCAAGAGGAGCCAGAAGAGCACGUGCCGCUGCCACUUGCCUCGCUGGCCUUCCUCGCACCUUUGUGA